UCGGCUCGAGCAGAUGUUCGUCGAGCUUCGUCCAGCUGGACUACAUCAAGAUGUCCGCUGAGAGAUUUGAGAAAAAGGAGACGAUAGACCUGAGGAAAAGAUAUAUUGGGCCAUCUUGUAAGAUUUUUUUCAGCCAUGACCCAAUCAAGAUUGUGCGUGCCAAAGGCCAGUAUAUGUAUGAUGAGAAAGGACAGCGCUACCUGGACUGCAUCAACAAUGUGGCUCAUGCGGGCCACUGUCAUCCUGAUGUGGUGAAGGCAGGAGCUCAGCAAAUGGAACUACUCAACACUAACUCGCGCUUCUUGCACGACAACCUUGUCCUGUAUGCCCAGAGGCUGCAGGCCACGCUGCCAGACAAGCUGGCUGUUUGCUACUUUGUCAACUCCGGCUCCGAAGCCAACGACCUGGCUCUCCGACUAGCACGGCAAUACACAGGCCACAGAGAUAUCAUCACUUUGGAAAAUGCGUACCAUGGCCACGUCUCAUCGCUCAUUGACAUCAGUCCAUAUAAGUUCCACCAGCUGUCAGAUACUGAGCAGAAUCAAUUUGUCCAUGUGGCUUCCAGUCCAGAUGUGUACAGAGGGAAACACAGAGCAGACCACCCUGAUCCCGCCACCGCGUAUGCAGAUGAAGUCAAAGAUAUAAUAAACAAAGCUCACAAGAAAGGAGGCAAGAUUGCUGCUUUUAUUGCUGAGUCACUGCAGAGCUGUGGUGGGCAGGUCAUUCCCCCUGUGGGUUACUUCCAGCAAGUGGCACAGUAUUUUCUCUUUUGUUACCAGACAUACAUUAAAAAAAAAAAAUCACUGCUCAUGUGCUAUCUAGACAGGUAUGUGUUUAACAUACUGUAUGAAACCUUUAUGGAGAGUAGGGUGUAGCAGAUUUUCAGUUUGAUGGGAAAUGUGAACUUGAUCUCGGUUGUAAUCUUUCCUCUGUGUGUUGCUUAUCUGUGGCCUCAGUUUGGUGGUAAUCCAGUGUCGUGUGCCAUCGGUCUGGCCGUCCUAGACGUGAUUGAGAAAGAGGAUCUGCAGGGCAACGCACUGCGUGUGGGGCAAUACCUCACCAGUCUGCUGGAGAAGCAGAAAGAGAAGCACCUGCUGAUCGGAGAUAUCAGGGGUCGUGGUCUCUUUGUAGGCGUGGAGCUCGUCAGGGACAGGCUGAAGCUCACUCCUGCCACAGCAGAGGCACAGGAAGUCAUAUAUAGGCUAAAGGAGCAGUACAUUCUUCUCAGUGCUGACGGACCUCAUCGCAACGUGCUCAAGUUUAAGCCCCCAAUGUGCUUCACUACAGAAGAUGCUGAGCUGGUCGUGGAGAAAAUUGAUGUCAUUCUCACAGAACUGGAGGAAGCAUUGGACCUGAAGCUGAACAACACACUAACUGUAGAAAAUGAAAGCAAUAAAAGGAAACUGCUGACCAAUGAAAACGGGCACAGUGGCGUGCUACACAGCAAAGGAAGCCGUCAAGGGUCUCCUCAACAAACCAAACAAAGCAAACGCCUCAGGACAUAAAGCAUGACACAAACACAAGAACCGACACAGGUGGCACAACUCUAGAAUUAAAGGGCCGUAAUUUGAUGAUUAAUGUUUUUAUACUGAUAAUAUACUGCAUAUCAAUUAGAUUGUCUUCUCAGGUAUUUUUUUAAUAUUUGCGUAAUAGCAUGUGUAGCAUGUUUUUAGCUAACUGCAUAAAAAUGUACCUUAUUAUGUGAGUUAGCAGGGUACAAGAGCCUUAUUCACGAUAUCAGGGAAUCAUAAAUGGAUCAAUCUAAACAUGUAGAUCUGAAAAUAUGCAUCAGUAUCUUUGUGUGCCUUUAGCAUUAAAAAUACGGCCUUGCAAAGGCCAUUACAUGUUUUACAGAGAAGUAGCUGAACUAUAAAUAAAUAAAAUACUGUAUGUACUUGGUUGCUAUAAAAAGGGAUUUCUAACCCAGGGUGUGAGCAGCCCUCACUCAGAGAUACAGAAAACAUGAAAGUAAAAACGCUGAUGUACUGUGUAUAUGUCUGCAAAGUAUCUUUAUUUUACUGAGCCUCAAAAAAACAAUGUCCCUGCUAAAAAGUCUGCAAUUACUUACCAAUAUCCUCAUCUUCCUUAAAGAUGAAAGUAACCUCUCGUAUAGAAAGUUCACUGUUGUGAAGAUGGAAAAUACAUGUUGUUGUUCAUAAAAGGAAAUAGAUUUACUCUCAGGCUCAGGAGUUGUCUGAAGUCCCAGGACUUCUUCCAUAAUGUGACAAAGAUGAGAUGAUUACAGAGAAAGGUGCUAUCUAAUAUACCAGCUUGUAAAUAAAAGGAAAAUGAUCCACUGCAACAUUUGUUAAGAAAAGGACGGAGUUUUGCUACUUUGGCACAUCUUCAUUUCAGUGCAAUUUAAUGCGGCUAGUAAGCCUACUUUCCUCUCCAUAGUCACUUACAUGUUAAGCAAAGCACUGCUAUUGGUGGCUUAAGUCAUCUUUACUAAAGCCUUGUCCCAUUUUUCUCAAUGUGAGACAGCUGUAGACCAGAAUGAUUAUUAUUUACAAGUAGGGAUGAUCACUCUGUUCCUUCCUCCUGGAGAAAGCUCAUUACCAUAGCAGUACAGGGCCAAAAUAUCUAAAAUUAUGUCUGCAGAACCGUGCGGCACAUCAGCUUUUAAAGGCAUAAUUCCAAACCAGACAAAAAUGUUUGUAUUUGUUUGCUAUAAAUACAUGAAAAUACAUGAAUGUGCAAAUACUCAGAUGUUUCUUGUAUGACUGUCUUGUUACUACCUCUGUCCUACUCCAUUGACUGCAGAUGAAAAUUAACAUGUAUGGCUAAAUCUGGAAUAUUUAUAUGACAAAUUUAAGCACUCAUGUCAAUUAAUAUGCUUUGUCCCUUCCAAAUAUACACAAACAUAAGUCCAGGAAACACCAUUACCUGAUGAUCCUGUGAUGCCAUCUUCUGGAGGGAAAAUGAAAUGUGUCAUAUCUCCUGAACACUGCAUAUGCAAAGACGCCACAUUGUUUGGCUGCUGAUGUAAACUUGAGUUUAACAAUCUUCUCAAAAAUUCUGUGCAUUAUUUUUCUAUUUAAUCAUUUACAUUAAGUGGAAAUCAAAUCAAAGAAAUUCAGAAUCUGGAUGAAUGUGAUUUUAAACAAUGCCUUGUCCUAUUAAACCUACUUCAACAGCACAGAACAACCAUGAGAAGGUGU